CUUCGAAUUUCAAAAUGCCAGUCUCGGGAAAUCUCGGCGCUCCAGCUUCUGCAAGUCUGUUGGAACUAUCCAAUGAUCAGCUCUUCGUAGCAUUUAUAUCUUCCAAAAGCCCAACGACAAAUGAAGCUUGGUGUCCCGAUGUGCGCGCAGUCCUGCCAAUUCUCAACGCUGCAUUUUCGGGACCCGACACGCCAGAAUUGGCAUUCAUUGAGGUUGGCCAAAAACCGGAGUAUGCCAAUGUCCAAGCCCCCCUCUCAACCUGCUGACAACUCAUGUUGCAGGUGGAAAGGUCCCAAUGUAUAUAGAGCCAACUGGAACGUCAAUGCUAUCCCAACCUUGGUGAAGUAUGAACGCGUG